AUCUGAUCCUUGGUUUAAAACUUGUAUGUGUAGUUUGAGUUUGGAGGAAUGGCACAGUUUGUUCCCAACACUCCAUCUUGCCAUGAGUUCUUCUUUUGCUUAAUGCCAUUCCUAUAUAUGUUUUUUGCUUCUUUUUUUUUUUAUUUGUGUUCAGAACAAUAUUCCUGGCAUUGUUGCUGCCAUGAAUUAUCUUCCCACCUAUUUAUGCCUUGUAUAAAUUUUAUUAAUCAUGACCUAAUAAUGUGGUUUGACUAUCAUCAUCUUAUGCUUAAUAAAUUUACCUCUCUUGUACCAGCUAUGCUUUAGGUCAUCUCAAAUUAAUGUUGGAACUUGCAGUUUAAAGCAUUAUUUUGGGUUAUCAUCUUGUGGUUUGACUAUUAUCAUCUUGUUUGUUAUCUGCCAUAAGCAUGAUCUGUUAUUUUCUAUACACACUUGUCUAUUUAAUUGCAGGCAUUGGUGAAGAUGAUGGCUGUUUGAUGUACCUAUCAUCGAAUUACUGCAAGUGCCUAUAAUCUUUUAGAUGUGGUUCUUUACCAAGCAACUUAUGGCCACAAUAUAUCAGCAAAAGGCGGUCGAUAUAAAUGAGAGGGAGCUUGAGCUUGAUCAUCCUGACACAAUAAAAAGCUAUGGGGACCUUUCUGUCUUUUACUAUCGUAUGCAACAAUACGAGCUUGCUUUGAAUGUGUCAGAUCUUCUGGAUUUUAUAAGUCCCGAGCUUAAUUCUAAUGGAAAUGAACAAGCUCAGAGAAAACAGCAGCGUGGGAAAAUACUUCUACCAAUAAGUGAACAAAACCUUCAACGUGAAGAUGCACCAAGCAAUGUGGGUGUUGUCUAUAAUGGCUUGGAAUAUGCUAUUGGUACGGCAGAAAACAAAACAAAAGAAAGAUCUGGCAUGGUGGAUUAUAAAGUUAUGAACGAAAAUGGCAAUAAUGUCCCUAUGUAUAGUCCACCACUGUCAAGUGAAUCUAUUCACCAGGAGGAGACAUCAUCAGAUGAGGGCUGGCAAGAAGCCAAUUCAAAAGGGCGAUCUAGGAACACAGCGAAUCACAAGCUUGGUCGCAAAGGAUCUCAUCUUUCAAAGCUGAGGACUACUGUUAUCAGAGAAAGUCCACAGAAAUCAAGUUCAAGAGUCCUCUCAAAAGUAUUUUCUCCAUCUAGGCAAUCAGAGCCUGAAAACUUGGCUUUCAUAGAAGAUUCUGCCGGUCAACUAAGUCCAACAAAACCUACUAGAGUGUCUAAAAGUUUUGCUAGCCUAACACCAUAUGACACGUUCAUGUCUUCUGGAACAAAUUUUUCUUUUCUAUUUAAUAAAAUAACAAAGGAAUUGAACUAUAACCACAUAAUUAACAAGGUUCUUUUUUUAUUUUACACUCUGCAUAAAGAAAAACAGAGAAAAUAUAAUGAAAAGCCAGCAUCUUAA